UUAUUCUUUUUCUUUAACUGAUGCUCUUCAGGAAAGUCUUUGGACCCUCCUCUGAGGUCUGAGGGAACUUUAGGAUUUCACAGUAAGCUGCUGUUUAGCAUGAUCUCUCUAAUCUCUGGAUCUCGUCCAGCCUGCCCCAGGUUAGGUCUUCAGUGUAUGUUGCCAUGGUGAUGUGCACCAGUCAAAAGGGAACCUCCUUCAUAACACUGAAAGCCACAGAUCCUUCUUCCUGGUAGAGGUUUAUGGUCUCGUUCACACUGUAGCUUCCAUGUCAGUGACACUGAAACAGCUCAGAGUGAAAAGGAGAGAAACGAGUUCAGACCUCGAAGGCUUUGAUCUGUAAUCUGUGGUUUUUACAGCGAGAGCUGGAGACGUGUGUUCACAUGUUUCAUGAAACUCUGAGGAAGGACCGGCGCUGAAACAUGUCUGUUUUCUUCUUACUGACGUUUAAUAUUAAACACUUUAUACAUGUAAGUGUGAGAACUGAAGUUCUCACUCAUGAGUUUGCAUUCAUGUCGUUCAGCACUUAAUUUACCUGGAUUGUUGAACAUGCUGAUGUUUUUUAUGCAAAGCUUAACAGAACUCACACACACACACACACACACACACACACACACACACACUCCUCCCACUCAUGACUGAGGCUUGUUUCCUAAACUUACUCGACCACAGUAUCUGCUGCUGAGCGUCAGUAGUGUGAUCGACGCAGCACAGAGGAACGUUUUUACUCCGCGUCAUGUUUUCUUCUGUUUUUAAGACAAAAACUCUGCAGCUUUUAUUUUUGUGCCUCUUUCUUCUGACUGUGACUGCAGUAACAACAGGACAUGAAAACGCUUCAUGCUGUGUUCACAGGUGCAGCUCCAAAGCCGUUUGUUGGGAUCCUGAACAUCACGCAGUACAGGGUGCAGCUGAAGUGUGAGGUGAGAGGUGCAGCUCCGAAGCCUAGAGUAGAGUGGAGGGACAGCGAUGGGAACAUCCUUCAUGCUGAGGAGCCACAGGUGUCACACAGAGAUGGCCGCUAUGACAUCACCCUCCUCACCACGGUGACCAGGACAAACACCAACCUCUUCCACUGUGUAGCCACACAGGAGGAGAUCGGCCAUGUGACUGAAGAAGAGAUCCAUGUUCCAGAUCAGCUGUUCGAGUCCUGCGAUGGAGUCGGUGUGAUCGUUUCUGUACUGGCUUCUGGAUUUUCUGUCACUGUAUUUGCGUCUCUGUUGCUGUUCUCAGCUUGUAUUAAAUGUUGUUGAUAACAGACAGCAGAUACUUUCAUCUGUCUUUUUAUUCUCUGCUGUUCUGUUUCCUCUGGUUUUAAGGCUGACAUUUUAUUUAUACAGACAUUGUAUUAAUUAAAAAUAAAGUUGGGUAAAUGAUGA